AUGAAGGCCUUUACUCUACCCAUUCUUGCCAGCUUCAUUGGCCUGGCCAUUGCCCGUACCGACAUCAGCGGCUGUGUCUCUUCGGCCACCAGUGACCAGUGGGGCGAAGCCAGUAUGAUCUGGUAUGUCCCUGGUACCGGUGAGAUCUGCAGCUUCAUCGACUGCGGCGGUGGUAGGGCUCCCCCUAAGUCCGAGCCCGGCUGCCCUCUGUAUACCGGUACUGCCACCGUGACGCCCAGCUACCUCCCUGGCUACGGGCCCAACGGCAAGAUGGUGGCUUCCACCACCACUGUCUCUGAGACGUCUACUGCCACCUUGAUGCACACCACUAUCGCUUCAUCUGCUGAGGAGUCAUCUACUGGUUCAUUUUCCGAGUCGACUUCCGAUUUCUCAGCCACUAUCGCUCAUUCAGGCAACACUAUGAUCACUGCGGCCCCGUCCUCCUCGCACGCUCUCUCAAUGACCAAGACUACCUCGCCCAGCUCCAAGGCUGGGAACUUUACCUCCGCUGCUGCGACAAGCACCGAGACCGGAAAUGCUGCUGUCAUUCCCGCGGCAAACAUCGCUGGGGUCAUGGCUAUCGCCGCAGCAGUUGUUGGCGCCUUCGCUCUGUAA